UUUGUAAUAUUUACAUCGUCAUCCCAUUCGCUGGCUGCUAGUCGAUCGUUGGAUUAUUUUGCACCGUAGUAGACAAAACAAAGUGAUUAGGAAUUUUAUAUCGAAAACGGACGAGCAAAUUACCCAAUCGUGUGUGAACUUUCUUGUAUUGCGCUUUUUUCAACCCACUUGAUAAUCUCGUUCGGUUCGAAAUCAUCCGUCUGCAAAUUGGGUGAACGAGACAAAUUCGCUAGCCAGCCAGUUUUACGUUUUUUUCCUCCUUCAGGAACCUUCGAAAACGAUCUCUCCAACAAACCAACAACACAUACAAAAAUGUUCCAGUUCAACGGCUUCAAUAUGAUGUUCCCGGACCAUUCCCGUCCAUUCAACAGCACCUACAAGUGCUACUCGGUGUCGAUGCUUCCGGGCAACGAGCGACAGGAUGUGGAGAACGGUGGUAAAAUUAUCAUGCCCCCAUCGGCACUGGAUCAGUUGACCCGACUGAAUGUUGAGUACCCGAUGCUGUUCAAACUGACCAAUAGCGGUAUCAACAGGAGCACACACGCUGGCGUGCUGGAGUUUGUGGCCGAUGAGGGCAAAAUCUAUAUACCUUACUGGAUGAUGCACAACCUGCUGCUAGACGAGGGCGACAUCGUUCAGAUCGAGAGCGUCUCGAUACCGGUGGCCACCUACUCCAAAUUCCAGCCACAGAAUGUCGAGUUUCUCGAUAUCACCAACCCAAAGGCCGUGCUUGAGAACUGUCUCCGAAAUUUUGCCUGUCUAACAACGGGAGAUCUGAUCGCCAUCAAAUAUAACAACACCACCUACGAGCUGUCGGUGCUGGAGACAAAACCGGGCCCAGCCGUUACCAUUAUCGAGUGCGACAUGAACGUAGAGUUUGCUCCGCCCGUCGGUUACACCGAGCCGGAGAAACGGUCCAAAGAAGAGGAACCGAUGGCGGUGGAUCCGGCUGAGCUGAUGCCCGAACCGGCUGGCUUUGUGGCCUUCAAGGGGGCCGGUAUGCGCCUGGACGGGAAGAAGAAGAAGGAUACCGGUGCGGCGGAAUCGUCACCGGUUCAGCGUGCCGAAUACGUGCGGGGAAUCCCCGACUAUGACCAUCCGUUUGGAUUGCUGCGCUUCGAUCGCACCGUGAGGAAGGUCGAAUCGAACGAGCGUAAAACGGACGACGAUUCGUUCCAGGCCUUCCAGGGGGCCGGGUGCAGCCUAAAAAAGAGUAGGAAGUGAGAUGAAGGUGAACAAGGUGGUGAGAUCGCGGUGGUACCGAGAAGGUGGUGAUCGUUUUUACUUUGAAGCUGUGUAUUUGCGAAUGCGAACUUUGAAUAAAUUAUAACUGCAUAAA